AAAAAAAAUGAUUUUAGAAGGGACACAGAAAGAAAUUCACUUUGUAGUUUUGGUUCAUGGUUGAAUGCUAAACGCAAUACAUCAGACUAUACAUAUGAUGGCAUUGAUAUUUGCGGUGAAAGACUUGUUAAAGAGAUAAAUGAAGAAGUUAAACAUAUCAAUGACAAGGAUCUUUACAAAGUUUCAAAAAUUUCAUUUGUUGGAUAUUCUCUUGGUGGCUUGAUAGCGAGAUAUGCAAUUGGGAUACUUUAUAAACAAGGAUUUUUCGGCGAAAUUGAACCAAUGUUCUUCACGACAAUUGCUACACCACACUUAGGCAUUCGACGAGAUGAAAAUAAAUUUUUAGUAAAAGUAGUCAGUUGGGUGUCAUCCAAUCUCAUAUCAAAAACAGGGGAACAACUAAAUUAUGUGGAUAAAUUUGAUGGGAAUGAGCCAAUUCUUGCGGUUAUGGCGAAUCCUGAAAAGGUUUUUUACAAAGCCCUUGCUGCAUUCAAAUACAGGAAGUUGUACGCAAAUACUAGGAAUGAUAGAACAGUGCCUUUCUGGACCGCUGCGAUAACUGAUGUUGAUCCAUUCGAAGAUAUUAAAAAAAUAACUGUCGAGAAAGAUGAUAAAUUUGAAACCCUUAUAAUAUCAAUAUCAAAGCGAGACGCCAUUCCUAUCAAAAUCCCUUUGACACAAAAGACAGUUGGCAUAGCAAAAAUUCAAAGUGUGAAAUCAAGGAGAAGAGUAGCAAAGGUUUUGGCGGCAAGAAAAGUAAAAGAUUCUAAUUGGAACAUAACAUCAAAUCCCACGAGAUCUAAUGUUAUUGUAUCUAAUAUUGAGGAGGAUGCGGCAGAAACAGUAAUUAAUAUCCGAAGCUUCCUUACUCGUAGUUUGCCUCCAUCACCAACAAGGCAAAGUCUUUCUAAUAAAACAGUUGACUCUAGCGCACAUACUAUUAUGAUGACAGAAUUUGCUACAUCAUCGCUUUUCCCACGAGUUCCGAUAUGUGGAGCUCAAAAUAUAAGUUUCACAUAUUUGAAUAUGUUAGGGUGGGAAAAAUUCGUUGUAGCUAUCGAUUCUUUGAAUGCUCAUGCAGCUAUUGUUGUGAGGAAUAAGCGUGCUGGAGUAAAGGGAAAGGAAAUUAUAAAACAUUUUAUUGAAGAGACGACAGAACUCGGUUUGUAG